AAACAACUGGCAUUUGCGAGAUGGUGCACAUUUUGCAUAUAUUUGGAGCAUUCCUUCUAACAGCUGGAGUCAACAAUGGCGCCAAUGAACACGCCUUUGAGGUCCUGCAGACCGGUAACGUCGAGUACGCAGGGGAGAGUUUCUUUGCCAUUGAAGCAACACUUAGCUCGCUACAGUCGGCCAGCGAAAACUGGUGCAGGGACUACCAACAUCUCUGCGCUUCUUACGGGCUCAGACCCACUGGAUGUGGCGAGAAAAGUAUCGAGAAUGGUGGGGAUUAUGACGUGUGUAGAACAGAGUAUAACUCGGACCCGUACAUAAACAAUGUCUUCAGCUGUCCUCCCAACGUCAGGAUGGCUGAGGCCGCCAGCACGGCGUUCUCGGUUAUCGCCUCAAGUGAGCGGACCUUCGGCUUUUACCGGUGCAGGAGUGACACCUGUGAGAAAGACAUCUCCUUGAGUCAAGAGAGCCUUCGCAAAAUCUCUGGCGCCUUGAACGACAGGCAUGUUUUCACGCUGUGCAGUGGUACCUACAGUGGUGCUACAACAAUCCCCACCACAACAGCCAGUACACCUUGGACAGUCGCUGUAGCUGAACGCCGUGCCACCACAAGUACCAACACAACGGUGCAACACAACAAUAACAUCAGUACAGUCACACCAAACCCUACUGACAUCAACACAACGGUGCAACACAGCAGUAACAUCAGCACAGUUACACCAAACCCUACUGACAUCAACACAACGGUGAAACAGAACAGUGACGUCAGCACAGUUACAACAACCUCGGCUGGCAUCAGCACAACGGUACAACACAACAGUAGCGUCAGCACGGUUACAACAACCUGGUCUACAGCUACAACUCCUUUGGGAAGUUCCAACACAUCUUCCGUAACCACUGGGACCUUCGACGUAACGACGACCAAAGCCAUAGCAAGUACAAUCACAAUAGAGGGCCUGUAUAAUUUGGUGAUGGAGGAAGUUGGUCUGGACUUCCUGACGUUUACUUGGAACGUGACGGCGAACUUCACGGUGCACAGUUACCGGGUGCGCUACAGCGUGCUGGGCGGUUCGUACAAGGACCUGGCCCCGCCCCCGGCCGCACACGAGACCCGGGCCUCCUUACGGGGACUCAUGCCUGCCACGCCUUACCAGAUCAGAGUGACGUCAUAUGGUGAAGACGGAGGUCUUACUUCUGAAGUCAGCACAAUUCAGGCUACAGACAACAUCGUGGUGCACGUAUCAUGUGACCAGUCACACAUGGAGGUGUCCUUCCCCCUUGCCGCCCUUCCCGGGGUGGAUGUGGCGGGAAUGCAUCUCAUUAACGCCAGUUGCCUGGCAACCCGCAACGACACGCACGCCACCUUGCGGACAGGUCUGCAGGACUGCGGAACGAUUCAAGAGGUGUACGGGCACGACAAGUUCACGUUCACCAACACGGCUAUCGCUGACCCAAUCGUGGACGUGAACGGCGUGGUGCGAGGCCAGCCGUUCAGCCGAUCCUUCACGUGUACUCUCGUAAGCGUGUUCGACGUGACGUUCACAGACGGCGAGAUUCUGUACGUGGUCCCGGAUUCUAUUGAGAUUAUCCAGCCUGAAACUAGAUUCUUGGAGACAGUGGAUGGCCUGGCAGUCUACCCGCCUUUGUACGCAAACAACCUUCUUAAUUCUGUACCCAUCAAGUUUGCGAUCGAUGUGGAGGACGCCAACAGCACGUUUGUGUUUGACAUGCAUCUGUACACGUCACAAGACUUUGUGCACAGCUAUGAGCCCCUGGAUUACCCCUUACAGGUUCUGCCGUCUGAUCGGCUGUACUUCGGACUGUCCUCCCGGACCGCGUUGUCAAACAUGGAGCUGUUCGCACUGGACUGUCUGGCAACACCAACCGUAGACAUGAGCGCCGAGCCCAAGGUUUAUAUCAUUCGAAACGGUUGCAAAAUCGACCCGACGCUGAAAAUUCACAGUGAUCCGAGUGACCCGAUGACCUUGCAGUUCUCUAUCAUGUCCUUCACUUUCCCGAACUCCACCGACAACGUGGUGUACCUGCAUUGUAGCAUGAUGCUCUGCAUGAUCGACGACAGGAAUUCUCGUUGUGCGCAAGGAUGUAUACAAGAACAACCUGACCAGCGGCGCAGGCGCAGAGGAGCCUCCUGGCAGAACCCGGAUGUUGGCACGUGUGAGAGUUGUCAUCAGCAUCAGACGGCGUCCAUCAGCCAAGGACCACUCAUACUUCUCCCAGGAUACACCGCGAAAGAAAGGACCGCUCUCGCCAUGCCUAUCUCCCUGGGUGUUGUGGCUGGAAUCGCAGCCGUUCUACUGGUGGCGGUUGUAGCGCUGACAGUCCAGUACCGCCGUGCCCUCGCUGCACGAUAG